AUGACUGGAAAAAAUUUGGUUCUGUCUGUGUUAGAUCCACUAAUACUGAAGAGGCAUGGCGACCACCACCAUGAGUCAAAUGGCUAUUUUGGGAGGGCUGUGGUGCUAUUGUCCGUGGUGAACGUUAUCGCCAUCGGAUGUUUAAACUAUCUUAAUAGUAAAUACAGUUAUAACCCAGUUCUUAGAGGGAAGAAGAUAGCCAAACUUUCUAGAUGGCUUUCUUCUCUUCCGUUAUUUUGGAAGGUGAUUAUCUGGUCAGUAAUCUUAACAGUGUUAUCAUUCUUGCCGAUUUUUAUCGUCGAACAGAUGACACGAGAAUUAUGGAUAGCGGUCUUUAGAAUAAUGGGGAAGGUUGCCUUUGCAAUGUUCCCAUUCAAUGUGUUUUUGGCAAUAAAGCCAAACCCAUUACCAAGAACCUUUUAUUUGACGUUGUUACCAUUACACAAAUGGCUAUCAAGAGUGAUUGUGAUAUUCUGUACCGUUCACGCAUUAGGUUAUUUUUACAAAUGGGCUCUGGAACAAAAAAUGACUAAAUUGUUCAAGUUGGUCAAUAUUUUUGGGCUUGUCACCUGGAUUGGCUUUUUAUUGACCACCGUGGUAUCACUCAAACCAUUUAGAAGAAGAGCGUACGAUUUUUUCUAUUCAAUUCACACCAUCACUGCUUGGGUAAGUUUAGGACUUCUUUAUUUCCACGCUAGGCGCCAGUCCAACAGCAGUACUUUUUUGCCAGUAGCAUUAUUGGUGUAUUCCGUUUUCUGCAAAGUCUGGUUUACUAAGUUAGUAAAAUUUACUGUCAAAGAGCAUGGUGGUUCGGACUUAAUGUUGGUCAGCUUUCCUGCUUCAGACUACUUUAAGAAAACCAGCGAGGACGAAGAUAAACUAUCUAUUAAACGCUUUACUCCAGGAUCUCAUGUCAGGAUAAGCAAAUCAUUGAAAAAUUGGAAAUCAUGGGUCUUUUCUACUCAUCCAUAUACCAUUGCUUCCAUUCCUUCCGAUAAGACUGUUGACUUCGUUAUCAGAAAAACGAAGUUUCAAAUCAACGAUGUGGAUAACUACGCUAUUUCAAAAUCUUUUCCAGCCUUCCACCGGAAUUUCUUCAGGGAUGCGGAUACUAUUGUGAUUAUUUGUGGCGGCUCGGGUAUAUCAUUUGGUUUGCCAAUUUACAGAUACUUCAUGAUGAAAAAACAAAAUUUGGACGGGCAUAGAACGGAAGAAUUAGAUAGCGGGUCGAUGCCUACUAACAUUGAUGUGAGAAUGAUAUGGGUUAUUCGGAAUGAAUCAGAUUUAUUCGUCUUAAAAGAAUAUGGGAUUUUGACCGAAGAUGGAAAAGUUGCCUCAGAUCACAUCUCUAACUUGUCAAUAUUCUUGACAUCCGGAAAUAAGGAAACAGUCUCAUCUCCUGCUCCUGAGUCAUCAAACUCUGCAAGUGCUUUCAAUAAAGUAGCAGGUUUGGUCAGAAAUUCGCUAAGUAAAUUGACCAACAAUGAUACUGCAAAUAAUGACGUGGCGGCGUACCAACAAUUAUCAAAUGAUGUUAAUGAUUCUCGUACGAAGAACAUUUUUGAAUUGGAUACUUUGCAAUCUCCAGGCACCCAUUCUUCUUCAAAAUUCACCGGGAAAACUUCAGAUGAUUCGCAAUUUGAAAUUAGUUUUAGUGACGAUGAACAAGAGCCAGCGCUGGCAGUGCGCCUGUCCACUCUAGAAACUAGUAUUUCUAUAUCUCUGCAGAAGCAAACACAAACGAGCCUCAUUCGUAAAGGAAGACCAGACUUAGAUGAAUGUUUUGAGCAUCUUAUAAUAUCUGGUGAUGAUGAUUUCCUCGAUUCAAGGAGCAAAUGGGUUGUAAGUUGUGGCCCAGAAAGGCUUGUUGAAGGUUGUAAAGAUUGGGCCCGAAAAAAUGGUAUUGGGCAUAUUUCAGAGGUUUAUGCCAUGUGA